AUGACUGCUGCGGCCGAAGUGCAGGCUUUGCUGCGUUUCUUGACCAAAGAUGCCCGCAUACCAUUGGCAGAAGCCAUGCCGAAGAUCCACGCUCUUCGGAAAGAACAGCUCAAUACGCCAGAGAACAUCUCCAAGGCCAAUGAGACUGACCUCAAAUCUAUCUUUGCUGAUGAGAAGGUGCUGAAGCAGGUGAUCAACGCAGCCAAGCGUGUUUCCAAUCCCAAAAAGCGAUCUGCGGCGCAGUCAAGUUCCUCAGCCUCAAAGCGCACGAAGACAGACCAAGACGCCCUCAAUGAUGAGGACUCCCUUGCACUUCCUCAGACAGACAUAUCCAUUGCCGAGCUAGAAAAUACCACUAUUGAGACGAACCGCGCUCCUCUUUUCCUGGCCUUCACUAUCGCUGUCCUUGCAUAUACACACCCCGAACAGCCUCUCUCGAGUCGCUGGAGCUUGGCGCAAGCUGUUGUGAGCGCAGGUGCGCAGAGCAAAGCCAAAUACCUUGGCUUGACUACGGGGCCAACUGCGGAAGAGGAUGGCUGGGCCUUGGGCCAACCUAAAGUCAAUAUAAUGGGACGUGAUGUGGCAGUAAUGCGAAGACACGUGGCUGCAUCUGCUGAAGAUGAGACAUCUGCUCCCAACAUUGCGUUUUGGGGACUUGAUCUAGAGGCACUUCGGAAGUCCAAUGGGCCACUGAUUGCAGGGAAAGAUAUCAAGAGUCCUACCGGUCCUCCUAUACACAAACCUCUUUCGCCUCGAAAUUACCUUCUCAAGUCCAUGAUUGUUGUCGAGUCCAGCACCACAGACGCCGUAGAUACCACAGCGAAGAAGCCAAUCCCAAAGAAGAAAACACCAAAGGAAAUGGCAAGUAAGAGAGAGGAAGCUGCGGCUAUGACACUUAAAGCCAUCGACACAGUUUGCAAGAGCUGGGCGUCCACACUGAGCCCGGAACAACUUGACCAGAGAGCACAGGUGUGGUACACCCGUGUUCGGCCGGAUGUCGAACAAGGCCAAGCGGGCUGGGGACAGCGAGGCCAAGUACGCCUGGCCGACAUCCUUGCUCUCAGGAAAGGGUAG